AUGCCCCCUGUGCUGCCGACCUAUUCCUCCCUAUACUCAGGGAUCGCCAGGGCCUUGGACGCGUGGCCCGAGACGAAGCAGGAUGAAAAGACCAUCCACAAGGUGCGUGUGGCCUUAGCACAACGACGCCUUGGUAAAGACACGCAGGUGCCACGCCCCCGCGCCACCGCGCCACACCGGGCGCCCUCCCCCACUGCGGGAAGCGCCAAAGUCACGCCGACCACGACGAGGGCGACCGACGCUUCGAAGCCCAAGCGGAAGAGGAUUAUCGUCGUGGCGCCGGGCGCCGGGACGCGCGCCAACGGCCAGGUCUAUGCUGAGCUUUGUCAAGGUGCCAGUUAUAAGAUCGAAGUCUUAGGGCAUUCGAUGGCUCGGUACGACCGUUACCCUGAGUCGUGGCACCAUGGCGCGCCGGCACCCAACUUGUCCAGCUUUGCAUUGGAGGUAGUGGGAGACGCAAUGCUUGCGGAUUGUUUAGUGCUGGGAUCUCGAGGUGGGCAAGUGGUUCUCCCGAAGCUUUGGGAGGCAGUUGGAAACGCUUUACCACCAGCUGUGGUCAUCAACGGAGGAUGUGCUAUGAACCUGCCCGAAGUUGUGGCAUGGCCAACGGAGGCUGUGACUUUCUUGCUGAUCGGAGGAUGUGAUCACUUUAGGUCGAAUAUGACUCCUGAGGAGUACUUGGUGAGUACCCAGCAAUGCGUCCCUGCGACGAAUCAGUCAACGGCGCUUCUCUACAUCAAUGAGAUGGAACAUAUGCCACAAAGUCAUUUGUUCGCGCUGAUUUUGCCUCACCUGCUCCGCGUGUGCCUGGCUUGGAAGCGCAAGGUCGAAGUGGCACCUUUGCGAGAACUACAAUGUUUGCUAACGGAGCUCAAUAGCUGUAAAGGAGAGUGGACCGGAUGUUUGUCCUUCACCAGCGGAGCUGGUUGGACGGAUGUGCCCUUCGGCGAGGAGCACAUUGAGGCUCUUGCAGUGGAACCUCCAUUCCGAGUGCUUUUUGCCCUGCGCUGUCAACGUCACCAACGGCAGAAUGCCACUCACGAGCUGCUGGACUUGCUGCGACAGGUGGACUUUGCGGGGAUCGAACAGCUCUCGGACCAAGACUUUUGGCAGAGCCUGAACAGCACCUGGGGCCAGAUUCACCAUUCGUGUGGCGGCACCAAAGGCUUCGGCGUGUACCCCUUCGACCUCGCCAGCCUGCUCUACCGGCAAACGGGCGGCUGGGCGCCGUCCGGGCAGCCAGUAGGUGGAUGCAUGGAGAAGGUGAACAAGUCAUCUCAGGUCAACGACUACCGGGCCUAUGUGGGACAGGCCUUCGUCCAUAAGGACACUGGACUUCAGGUCAUCGUGAUGGUCGCCCACUUUCCACACGAGGGCGGCUACGAGGCGGGAUUAGAGCUCUUGAGCGCCGAGCUGCAGGACUUGAAGCGUCGCAGCGGCGUGGAGGAGGCCACAGCAGCUUCGUCGCGCCGGGACCGGCGAGAACAGCAAAAGAUCUGGCGGCAAAGAAUCCUUCACAAGGUCCUAUUGCUGGCAGACACGAAUCAACAGAAAGGCAACGCGGAGAUCAUGCAUGACAUCGAUGCUUCCUCUUCAGCGAAGACCGCGGGAAAUGAUGUGCAAAUCACCUGUUGCUACCCGGAGUAUUUCUUCUCCUACGACCGGAUCAUCGCUCAGAAUCUGGAGGUGACUGCGGUCAAGACAUCCUUUCCAUUUGGAAUUGGCGCGGAUCACCAUCCACCUGCCUGGGCUGUCUUCAACAUGCACGACCCAGUGCUCGUGGAGUUGGAGAUGCGUGGGGAGCCGCGCUCCUGGGCGAAGGCGCCAAGUCCCGCGGUGCUGCUGACGGUGCUGCUGGCGGUGGUGCUGGCUUGGUAG